CACCGCGCUCCCAUUGGCAGACGCCCCGGCCCCUCCCGCCCCUCCCCCCUCUAUAAGGCAGCGCGGGGCUGCUCCGCCGCCGCAGAGCAGUUCUCGGUCGGCUUUGUCCCUCCUUCCUCGCCCCCCGCCCCUCCCGGGAUGGUGCGCGGCCGGGACUGAGCCGCCGGGGCGGAGGUAGCGCCGGGGCGGAGGUAGCGCCGGGGCGGCCGCGUCUGAGCAGCGCCAUGGAUUCGCAUUUGACGGGACCACGUUAAGUCCACAGAAGUGGAAAGAAGUCCUUUUUAGCUUGUGAGCUGUCCCCAAGAACUGACCAUGUCUAUUAUGGACCACAGCCCCACCACUGGAGUGGUUACUGUUAUUGUCAUUCUCAUUGCCAUUGCUGCCCUAGGGGCCUUGAUCCUUGGCUGUUGGUGUUAUUUGCGCCUACAGCGUAUCAGCCAGUCAGAAGAUGAAGAGAGCAUUGUGGGUGAUGGAGAAACCAAAGAACCCUUCCUUUUGGUCCAGUAUUCCGCUAAAGGUCCGUGUGUGGAGCGAAAAGCCAAGCUGACUCCUAAUGGCGCAGAAGUCCAUGGAUAAGUCCUUGGCACAAAUGAUCAUGGGUACUAAACCUUGUGUACAACCAGCAGAAAAACUGGAGAACAACUUGUAUAUGCUGCUCUCUAAGAAGAACCAAGUUUAAAUUUACAUUAUGGUCUUUCUGGGUUUUGUUAUUGCAUGCACUGAGACCUGUGUCUUGAACCUAAACUCCUUGGCCCUGGGAGAUGGCUAAUCUUUCUGGUGGUACUGUCCAUUGCAGGCAAUGGACAGACCAGGCCCUGUUGGUGUAAAAGAAAUCAAAGCAUUUUUGUUACUUGAAUGUUUAGCUGAGCCUGUUUUUGAUGGAGCUACUACUGUAAUGUGAACUAGCUAACAAAACUGUGAACUGUAAAUAGGCACCAGAAGCACUUGGUUUUUGUUUUUUCCUUUUAAAAAAUAAUAUAGCACAUGGAGCUGCUGGUCUGAAGUUAUUGUAAUGGUAAAUUCAGUACUAAAGAUUGAGCCCCAUGGCCACGAAAAAGUUCUAAUUGUUGGAAAACUCAAAUUGCCAUCAGCUGGCAUAGUUUGGAAUCACAAAUGUAAAUAUGUAAAGAAAGAGCUGUUGUUUUUUAGUCCUGUGGGUUAAAUUUAUAGAAAAUAAGAGAUACUUAAUUAGAAGUUGGCUUCUAUUGCAGGAAGCAAUAGGCCAAAAAAAAGUCUCUCUCCUUUAUAGGUAGAUGAGGCAGUUAACUAUGAAUAUUGUUAACAUUAACUGUAUAAACUAUUGCAAGGAAGCUGCUGUAUUGUCUGGGAGCCAGUGAAGGAUAUGUAAUCUACGUGGGGAUAGUCCAGAAGGUUGCCAGGCUAAUUUAUAGCAGCAGAGCAGUUUUUCCUAUGUGUUUUUAAAAGCAUGUUAAAAGUAUAGAAAUGCCUUUUCCCUACAACUGGCAUUACUUAGUGCUAGCUUGCUGUAAUUGCUAUGAUUUACACGUGAAGAUAUGAAAUCCACUUUUAGUCUAAACAAACCCAAUUGUCCCAUUAUAGCCAGUAACAGACUAUUUCCUGCUAUUUAAUGUUUUCUGAACUGGAAGGGAAUGGCAAGAGGCUUAAGUCUUUUUUCUUUUCAGAAACAAAAUUUCUAGUUACUAUCCCACUAAUACGUAUUGAAUUUUACCUUCCUCAGCAAAUCAGUAUAGCAUGACUGGAAUUCUCUAAUUCGGCUCCAAAAACAUUUAGCAAGCAUGUGAUAACCUAUAGGCAACUAUCCUAAUGUUCAUUCAAAAUCAUGUGUGUGUGUAUGAGCGCAUGCACGCAGGGCACAUGGUUUAAUGCUUAUCAAGUACUAGGGGGUGACUAAUGAAGUUUAGGAGGUAAGGAUUUCAGUUUUGAAAACAAGGUCUUUAAUCACAAUCUAGCCUGCUUGUCGCCUCAAAAAGCAAACAAAAAACCCACAAAGUUUUAACUCAUUGUUUUAAAUCAAUCUAUGUACACUGCUAUGAAUUUUGUAAAAGAAGAGCAUAGAUUUAACAAGGCACAGUGAAAAUUUUAAUGUUAGGGUUAAUUCAAAUGUUAGUGAUUAAAAGAAAAUCAGUGCCUAACUUUAAAGAAUCACUAGCUUAGCCAAUUGAGUAUAUAAAAAUUUGAAAGUAACAGAACUAUGGUGGGGAAAGCUGAGUUAUGUACUAAGUAAAUGUUGUUUUAAAAAAUCAAAUUAAAAUGGGUUUCCAUCAUUUCCUUAUUAUUAAAAAUUUUGUUUUGGUGAGAGGGAUUUAUUUAGAUUUUUACAGCAGGGGUUCUUUACCUUUUUUGUCAUGGUAGUCUAGUAAAACCUAUGGUAUCUUUCAUCAGAAUAUUUUUAAAUGCAUUAAUAUAGAAUACAUAAGACUACAUAGAAAUAGUUAUCAAAAUAAUUUUAAGUUCAUAUCACUCUCCCAUCCCAAGUUAAGAACCCCUGCUCUGCAGUAAAGCCUCCUUUAUUGGGCAAUGAAGUCAUAUUUCAUUGGAAACUUAAGAUGGGGAUGCUGGAAGGUGUUCUAGGUUUAGAAAGAAUUGAAAGUGCAAAUUUAAUGGUUGCCUAUGUUUCAUGAAUUAAAGGAGAACCAACAUCAAGCCCAAGGUUGAAAGGAAUGCAGUGGAGGUGUGAGACAGCAGUGCACAAGCCAAAGAUGAGCAAAUUCUAGGAUGGACAGCCAUUAACUUAUUCACAUCAACAACUUCUGAAGCUUUCUACCUCUUCAUCAUUUUGCUCUGUAGGAAAAACAAAUCCCUAAUCCAGCUAGUCCAGCAAAGUGAUUCAAAGGCAACUUCACAUUUAUUUGCAUCUUAUGAAGUAUGCUGAGAUCAUCUAACAAAUUCUUUUAACAACCCCAUUUUUGAGAACCAUGUCUGGUUUUUAUAGGACUAAUAAUUUAUGAAAUACUGUUCAUUUCUUCAAAUUUUAGGGAAAUCCUUUUUUCCUCCACUUGGUCACCAAGGAAAACUUUUAACUUUGCUUUUUAUUUUUAUUUUACUUCUUAAAGGCAGAUGAUAUUUGGUGAAUAGUAGUAACUUACUAGCUUAAAGCUUUGCUUAAAAUGGGAAUACCAAUAAAAUUGGCCAGUAAAAUGCCAGGUAAAAAUAGCAGCUUUUGCCAUGCUCACCAAUCAAAUAUUUAGCUUCUAAGACCUUUAAAUCAUUUGCUUUAUUAAUCUCUCAAAGCAAUUCUUAAAUGGUUAAUCAUUUAAGCCCUUCAAAAACUUGCUGAAAUGGUGACAAGGAAUGAUUAAAAACUAGUAAGGGGAAUUGUUUGUUUUUGUCACUUGAAUUGAACUUCGUUUUUUCAGAUUCUUAUCCUCAAGGAUCUGUACUACUGUUUUGGUCUCAAACCUACCAAGUUUGUGCAAUAAAUUAUGUAGGGAAUGUUUCCCCAAGUUGAAUGAUCAUCCAUUUUGAUUUUCUAGACCACUGAGAAAAAUUUUUAUUUACAAUGAAUUUCAAUAAAAUUUGCAUAAAUUA